AAUAUGACUAAGUUAGAUAAUUUAAUGCCUGAAGAGUUUAGAAUGGCUGAUGGUUUAUUUUGCAUAGAUUGGCAAAUACUACCAAAGAUAAAAUCAUGGGAAGGACUAAAGAUUUUUGAUCAACAGUUGAUGAAAAUUCUGAUAUGCCUACAAGUUACAUUCAAUCAAAUCCUUGAAUGGCAAACAAAAGAACCUUUUAACUUAAAAAAUCUCAACGAAAACUCAACAAUUGUUUCCUUCAUUGCUUCACACUGGACUGAUUUCCGUAAAGAUUGGGUUCCAAAGCUUCAAGCUUACAUUUAUAUUGCAUCUUUUGGUAAAGUUCAUCAUAAUACUGAUUGGGAUAUUCACUCUGAAUGUGCUACUUUUAAAAGAAAUACUAUGUACUAUUUUGAAGAUUUUAAUGCAAAGAAUUGUAUUAUCUCAAAAUACCCUUUUUAUCUGGCUAUUGAAAAUUUACAAGAAAAAAAUUAUUCUUCUAAAAAACUUUGGGAUUUGUUUAAAUUAGGAGCAGUGCUUAUUAUAUAG